AUGCCAGCCACCCUGUUCAAGAAACUGCAGUCAGCAGCGAAACACGCUAACAAGAACUUGGUUCUUAAGCCGUGCCUCCUUGGGCGGCCUACUCUUCCAAUGUUUGUUUUGGACGAACAACCACCUGACGACCUGUCCUCUCCAUCACUCACCCCCUCCCCUCCUCACACACUCCCCCCACCUGUGAGUCUGCUUAAACCAGCUGACUGGCUGCUGCGGGACACUGCUUACUCUGAGGUAGUGGCUGAACACAAACAGAGCAGGACUUGUAGGGACUGCGAGUGUUUUCAUGAAGAUGAGCUUGAUGAGAUGCAGUUUGCACCUGUGACCCCGUCACAGGGUCUCACCUGCACUGACGACCUAUCAUCAUGUGACCUCACACGGCUCAGCUUCAUCUCUCACAUUGAACUCUCCACCUUCCUGCUGGCUUUGGGCAUCCAAACCAAACGCACCCGCCCUCUGCGCAGCAAGACUCGGGACACUGGUGUCUUCGGAGUCUCUCUGAAGUCCAUGUUGGAGAACGACAGGAAGACAUAUCCAGGGGUCAAAGUUCCUGUCAUCUUCCAGAAGUUCUUGUGUAUUUUAGAACAUGGUGGUCUGCAGACAGAAGGAAUCCUCAGAGUAUCCGGAUCUGCUGCUAGGCUAAAGUUCCUGCGGCUGGAGUUGGACCGGUGCUGCAGCAUCUUUGACUGGUCUGCGGUGCGACAGGUGGAUGCUGCAGGGCUGCUGAAGCUCUUCAUUCGAGAGCUGCCAACACCUCUGCUGACACAAAAACAUCUGUCCACCUUUCGCGCUGUGAUCGGCAUGUCCUCUGAGGUCCAUAAGGUCCAGGCUCUGCAGCUUCUCCUGCUCCUGCUUCCUGAAGUUAACAGAGACACUCUCAGAGCCCUGCUGGUCUUCCUCCGUAAGGUUGUGUCUCAUCAGGACCAGAACCGAAUGUCUUUGUGGAAUGUUUCCAUGGUGAUGGCUCCCAACUUGUUUGCUCGAUGUCAACAUGGAAACGUGCGCACCAUCACCAAGCAGCGGGAGGAGCUAGAGGAUGCAGUGGGUGGGGCUCACCUGAUUGAACUAAUGAUCAGACAUCAGGACCUGCUAUGGACCGUUCCCAACUUCCUGCUGUCUCAGGUGAGGCAGAUGAACCAGGUGGCCAAUCAGAAACAGCUGAAUCUGAGCAGGACCACAUCCCGUCUGCUGAGGAGACGGAAUGAAAAGAACCAGAUCACAGACCUGUGUGAGGGGGUCAUAAGGGUUCAUGCCCCCCUAAACACCAAGAUCUCCAUGGCGAUCCAACUGGAUGAACAAACAACAGCCAAAGACGUCACAACUCGUUUUGAGUCUGAGUCCAGUCCCGCUCCCCAGCAUCUGUACGAAGUCGGAGGAAACAUCUAUGAGCGGCGCCUCCAUCCAGACUGCUGCCUGUUGGACGUGUACAGAGUGAAUCCACGCUGUGAUUGGUUGAUCAAACCCUGA